GCAGUGCCGUCUCCAAUUCUCGCCCGCUCUUGCCUCGCCGCAAAAACUUUUCCUCUUUGUUUUUUUCUUUCUUUUUAUUUUUUUAUUUUUUUUCCCUCUCUAUCUCUCCGUCCCCAAGCGCAUGUCUUAUCCUUGUUUCUAGGUGUUCAGUUCCUCUUCUCUGCUUCCCUCUCCCGGAGUCAUUCCGUUCCCGACACCUACAAGUCCUGGGGCACCUCACCACUGCAGAUCUUCGGUCGCGCUUCGGACGAGGGAUCUGCUUGUUGCGAUCCACCUUUCAGGUCAUCGUGCCAUCUCUCUCCCUCCACUUCGUUUCCAUAG